AUGGAGUCGUCGCGUAUCUUUGUGCGCGGACUGCCACCCAAGUUCACCGAGGACGAUGUGCGCAAGCACUUUGCCAAGUUCCCCGUUACCGACGUCAAGUUCUUCCCGCAUCGCCGCAUCGGAUAUGUGGGCUACAAGACAACAGAGGACGCCGCAAAGGCCGUCAAGUACUUCAACAAGACCUUCAUUCGGAUGACUAAGAUCAACGUUGAGAUUGCACGUCCGCUGCUGCCCAAGUCACGACGCCAGAUCAAGGUGGAGAAGGCUGCCCCGAAGGGCGACGACUACUUCCCACCGCCCAAGGAAGACAAUGCACUCAAGCGCAAGCGAGAGCAAGCCGAGCAAGAUCCAAAGUUGAAAGAGUUUCUCGAAAUCUACCAGCCGCCUUCGAAGACAAACAUCUGGACAGAUGGCGAUGCACAGAUCGCUGCUGGCAACUCCACCGCUGUCAAAGAGCCAGUGCAAGACGUCACUAUCCCGGCAGACGAGAGCGACGAUGAGUACCAGGUCAUUGCGAAGAAGCCGAAGACAGUUGACGCGCCCAAGGAGAUUGUGGAGGAGACACAAUCCGCUCUAGCGAUAGCGCCCAUCAGCUCCACAGGAGAGGCAGUAGGAGACGUAGACGCAGUGAUGCCAGAUGCACCAGAUGUUGCUGCGGUUGAUCAACCUCCAACGACUGACGAUGACUGGUUGCGAUCCAAGACAAACCGACUACUUGAUCUUGUCGAGGAUGAUGACGUCCCUGUCGCCCCUGCGUCGGCUCCCAGCAAGCCUGCUGCGGAGAAGCGCGAUUCUCCCGUAGCCGCGGAGCCGCAGGCUGGACCCACACAGCUUGUUGAAGAAACUACCCUUGCCGCCGCAGCCACCCCAUCUGAGGCCGAUAAGAUCCGUGACACUGGACGGCUUUACCUUCGCAACCUGCACUUCGAGGUCGCUGAAGAAGAUAUCAGGAACCAAUUCUCUACAUACGGCUCCCUCGACGAAGUCCAUGUUCCAUUGAAAAAAGUCGAUGGCAAAGGCAAGGGCUUUGCUUUCGUACAGUUCAAGGACCCUGAGGAUGCUGUCAAGGCCUACCAUGAGAACGACAGCACCAUCUUCCAAGGCCGUCUCUUGCAUAUCAUCUCGGCCAAGGCGAAGAAAGACACCAAGCUUGACGAGUUUGAGAUUUCCAAGCUACCGCUGAAGAAACAGAAGGAGAUUCGCCGCAAGCAAGAUGCUGUCAAAGCUACAUUCAACUGGAAUUCGCUGUACCUCAACGCCGAUGCAGUCAUGUCCACGCUCGCUAGCCGUAUGGGGAUAAGCAAGGCAGAGUUACUUGACCCAACCUCUUCGGAUGCUGCUGUCAAGCAGGCUCACGCCGAGACCCACAUCAUCCAAGAAACCAAAAACUACUUUGCUCAACACGGCAUUGAUCUUGAGGCUUUCAAGAACAGUGCGAAGGGUGACACUGCAAUCCUGGUUAAGAAUGUCCCCCACUCCGUAACGGCGGACGAAUUGCGGAAGACAUUCGAAGAACAUGGCAGGGUCACCAAGUUUCUCAUGCCACCAACCGGCAUGACCGCUAUCGUUGAAUUCUCAAACUCAGCAGAGGCGAAGACGGCAUUCAUGGCUCUCUCAUACCGUAAGAUGAAAGAUUCCAUUUUGUAUCUUGAAAAGGCACCCAAAGACCUGUUCAAAGAGGGGUUCGUGGCACCUGCAAUUCAGACCACAUCCAGUGAUAAGACGGAGACGAAGCUCAGUGCGACAGACUUGCUCGAGGAAGCUCCUGAGCCUGAUGCAUCUAAUACCGCCACUCUCUACGUCCGCAACCUCAACUUCUCCACCACAACCGAGCGCCUCAUGGAGUUGUUCAAGCCCUUGUCUGGCUUCCGCAGUGCUAGAGUCAAGACCAAGAUCGAUCCGAAGCGCGGCGUGCUGUCGAUGGGUUUCGGUUUUGUCGAGUUCGAUAGCCCAGAAGCAGCAACCGCGGCGCUCCGAACGCUGAAUGGCCAUGAUCUCGAAGGUCACAAGCUGCAAAUCAAGGCAUCUCACAAGGGUGCAGAUGCGGCAGAGGAGCGUCGCAAGGAGGACGCCGCGAAGAAGGCAGCGAGCACCAAGAUUCUUAUUAAAAACUUGCCCUUCGAAGCUAGCAAGAAGGAGGUGCGCGCACUGUUCACCCCUUACGGCCAGCUUCGGUCCGUCAGGGUACCCAAGAAGUUCGACUCCUCUUCACGUGGUUUCGGGUUCGCUGAGUUCACUACGAAACGCGACGCCGUCAAUGCCAUGAACGCUUUGAAGAACACUCAUCUUCUCGGUCGACGAUUGGUUCUUGCUUUCGCUGAGACUGAAUCGGACGACCCCGAGAAGGAACUCGAGAAGAUGCAGCAGAAGAUGGGAGCACAGGCCAACAAGGUCGCCCUCCAGAAACUUACUGCAGGCGGCCGCCAGAAGUUUAAUGUUGCAGGCAACAACGACGACCUAGAUGAAUGA